AGAGGGGUCCUUGGCCCCGGCCCUCCGCGCGCGGCGCGGGGCGCGGGAGCCAUGGAGGAACGCGCCAGCGAUGGCCCAGCCAUCUCGUUGGCGCAUCGGCACGUCUUCGGCCUGAGGCCCGAGGUGAAGAACAACGUGCACUAUGCGGAGGAGACGCAGGUUCUGUACCCAGCGGGGACCAAUGCAGUCCUCUGGCAAGCGGACCAGAAGCAGCAGAAGAUCUUUCAGGGAAAUGAGGGCGCGGAGGGUCUCACCUGCAUGGCGGUGAACAACACCAAGAGAUAUCUGGCGGUGGCGGAGAAGUGCUACGAGGGCGCCAUCUGCACCAUCUUCGACCUCGUGACCACCAAGAAGCGGAAGACGCUGAGUUGGCCCGAGUCGGACGCGCCGGAGUUCGUGUGCGUGGCCUUCUCGGCGGAUUCCAAGUACCUGCUGACGCAGACGGGGAAGUCCCCCAGCGAGAAGCACGACUGGACCCUGAUCUACUGGGUCUGGGACAAAGCGAGGUACAUGGCUUCCAUCAAGGUGUCCAACCCGCAGAACGCGCUGAUCCGGGAGUGCUCCUUUAACCCCACGGACAGCUCCGUGGUUUGCGUCAUCGGGGACGGCAUCUUCAAGUUCAUGCAGCUCAAGGAAGGGUUCAAGACGCUGCCAGUGGCGCCCGCGAAGCUGCAGAGCUUCAUGUGCCACACCUGGCUGCACGACGACAAGAUGCUGGUGGCCUGCGAGAACGGCGACCUCCUGCUCUUCGACAACGCAGGCGAUUUCCAGACGCUGCUGCCCACCAGCCCCGGGGAGCCGCGGGCCGCCACCUCCAUCAUCUCCUUCUCCAAGGGCUUUGUCAUCGGCGGAGACGACGGAUACGUUCGCGUCUACGAGAAGAGUGACGAGCCCAAGGAGGUGUACCGCAACACGAGGACGUUGCAGGUGGAGGCCGGCGGCGCCGCGGUCCGGUCGCUGGCGCUGAGCCCCUCCGAGGAGCUCUUGGCAGUAACCACCAGCUCCGCUCAGCUGUACCAGCUCUCCCUUCUGGGCCAAGACCUGCUGAAGGCGGAGGAGUCGGCAGCCUUUGAGCCGGUGCUGAGCCACUUCCACACAGGGGCCAUCCUGGGCAUGGACGUGUGCAUCCGGAAGCCCUUGGUGGUCACCUGCGGCAUCGACAAGUCCGCGCGGGUGUGGAACUACGUGGAGAAGACCUGCGCCCUGUGCAAGUGGUUCAACGAGGAGGCCUACAGUAUCGCGUUCCACCCUUCGGGUUUCCACCUCAUCAUCGGGCAGUCUGACAGGUUGCGGCUCAUGAACUUGCUCAUGGAGGACAUGAAGACCUACAAAGACAUCCCGAUCAAGCAGUGCCGGGAGUGCCGCUUUAGUAACGGGGGGCAAUACUUUGCAGCGGUGAACACCAACGCCACCAACGCCAUCCAGGUGUACAAGACCUACACCUGCGAGCCAAUUGAGACGCUGCGGGGCCACAACAACAAGGUGCGCUCGGUGGCCUGGACGGCGGACGACUCCAUGCUGGUCUCCACGGGGGCGGAUGGGGCGGUCUACGAGUACUACGUGCAGGCGGAGACGAUCCCGGGGCGCGACGGCAGACGUGUGGGCAACGACUUCGUACAGAAGGGGACCUCCUUCAGCAGUGUGAUCGUGCACACGGACCUCGCAACCGGCGCCAACACCAUGUACGUCGUGGGCAGCGACCAGAUGCUGCGAGAGGUCUGCCAAGGGCAGACGCAGAACGUGGUGAAGGCCAACACCACGCUGGGGCAGAUCGUCUUGGCGAACUCCGCGAAGAGUUUGUUCGCCGCGGUGGCGGAGCCGGACGCGCCGGGGCCCAUUCGGUGCUACAAGUUCCCGCUGGACGGCUACUACAACGAGUUCUCGGCGCACGCUGCGCCGGCCACCCGGAUCCGCAUCACCUUCGAUGACUACUACCUCUUCUCCACAGCGGAGGAUGGCACUCUCUUUGUCUUCGACGUGAAGCGGAAAGACCGGAACAUGUCCAAGCGCGACAAGGAGAGCGCGCUCCCGCCGGCAGACGAGAUCUUGGUGACAAGGACCUUCCUGGACGACAAGCAAGCGCAGCUCGUGGAGUUCGAGCGCCAAGUGGACGAGCUCUCCAACCAGCAGGAGUUCCAGCUGAGGCAUAGAGAAAGCUACCACAAGGAGGAGAUGGUGGCCAUGGACGAGAAGUACACCGCGGAGAUCGAUGAGGAGAGACAGAAGUACGAGAUCCUCCGAGAGGAGAAGAACGAUGCGGAGAUGGAGGCGGAGGAGAACAUCAAGAGCCUGCAAGAGCACCACGCGAAGCAGGACCAGGAACUGGAGAGUUCGUUCCAGUCAAAGAUGAUGAUCGAGGUCGAGAAGUAUCAGAAGCUGGCGCUGGAGCGAGAGACCAUCCAUCAGCGCUGGGGGGAGGAGCACCAGCGGAUCCUUUCAGAGCACCAGCGCAAGGUGGCCGAGAUGCAGCGCGACUUCGAGGAGAAGCAGGCGGCGGACAAGAAUGCGAUCCAGCGCAUCUUGGAGGAGAAACGCCUCGCAGAGGAUGUGCACGCAGAGACCAUGCGCCAGCUCGAGCAGGACACAGACCGGGAGAUCGAGGAGCUGAAGGAGGAUAAGGAGAAGCGGCUCAAGGCGGAGCGGGACAGCAAGGUGACCUUGAGAGGCCAGGCGGGGAUCCACAAGCGCAACCACGAGGAGCUGAAGAGGCAAAUGCUUCAGAAGGAGGAUGAGCUUCAGAGAUACAAAGAGGAGGCCCGGAAGAAGGACGAGCGCAUCGCCCAGCUGAACAAGGAGCGCGAGCACAAUGUGAAGGAGAUCCGACAGCGGGACGGCACCAUCGGGGACAAGGAGGGGAAGAUCUACGAGCUCAAGAAGCAGAACCAGGAGCUCGAGAAGUUCAAGUUCGUGCUGGACUACAAGAUCCGCGAACUCAAGGCGCAGAUCGACCCCAAGAACGACAAGAUCGCGGAGAUGAAGAAGGAGAUUCAGGCCAUGGACUCUGACCUGGAGGACUACCACCGGAAGAACACCCAGCUGCAGGUGAACAUCCAGCAGCUGAACAACAAGCACAAGACGCUGCAGGAAGAUAUCGUGUCACAGCGCAAGAAGAUGACCGACUGCCAGACGGUGAUCAAGCGCUUCAAGACUGACCUGCAUGAGUGUGUGCAGUUCAUUCAGGAGCCUCGCCUGCUGAAGGAGUCGGCCACCGCGCUCUACAAGAAGUACGUGCCCAACGGUGUGAAGAAGCAAGAGCUGGACAGCGACAUCCAGCGCGAGUACAACCGCCAGCGGGACUACCUCGAAAAGAGUGUGGAGAAUCUGAAGAAGAAGCUGCUCAAAGACUCGGACGUGCACCGCCAAGAUAACACCCGGGUGCUGCAGGAGAACGUGCAACUCAUCAUCGAGAUCAACAACUUGCGUCGGGAGAUCGAUUACCUCAAGCGGGAACGGCAACAGCAGCGCCUUCAUGUGAGCAAGCUGAAGAGCUCAAGCCCAGGCUCUCCAGGGAAGGCGUCGACGGACGUGACCACGCUGACAAAGGAGGUUGAGACCAACAAGACUCAGCUGGACGAGUUGAGAAGGAGAGUAGAGGAGCAGAUGACUCUCCGACAAAGCGCCGCUUUAGCCGCGGCCGACGGAUGAGGAGAGCCUUCGUGCCGCGAGUGUUAAUGCUUGGGAAGACGACGUGCCAGGCGGCAACCGCAAAAGGUGUGUGUGUGUG